AUGAGCCGCGUGGUCUCGCUGCUGCUGGGCGCCGCGCUGCUCUGCGGCCACGGAGUUUUCUGCCGUCGGGUGGUCAGCGGCCAAAAGGUAUGUUUUGCUGAUCUCAAGCACCCCUGCUACAAGAUGGCCUACUUCCACGAACUGUCCAGCCGCGUGAGCUUUCAGGAGGCCCGCCUGGCUUGCGAGAGCGAGGGGGGUGCCCUGCUCAGCCUGGAGAACGAAGCAGAACAGAAGCUGAUAGAAAGUAUGUUGCAAAACCUGACCAAACCAGGAACAGGGAUUUCUGAUGGAGAUUUCUGGAUAGGGCUUUGGCGAAAUGGAGAGGGGCAAACAUCUGGCGCUUGCCCGGACCUCUACCAGUGGUCUGACGGAAGCAGUUCCCAGUACCGAAACUGGUAUACCGAUGAACCUUCCUGUGGAAGUGAAAAGUGUGUUGUGAUGUAUCAUCAACCAACAGCCAAUCCAGGGCUCGGGGGGCCCUACCUUUACCAGUGGAAUGAUGACAGGUGCAACAUGAAGCACAAUUACAUCUGCAAGUAUGAACCAGAGAUUAAUCCAACUUCUCCUGUAGAAAAGACAUAUUUUACAAAUCAACCAGGAGACACCCAUCAAAAUGUGGUUGUUACUGAAGCAGGUAUAAUUCCCAAUCUAAUUUAUGUUGUUAUACCAACGAUUCCACUGCUUUUAUUGAUACUGGUCGCUUUUGGAACCUGUUGUUUUCAGAUGCUGCAUAAAAGUAAAGGAAGAACAAAAACUAGCCCAAACCAGUCCACCCUGUGGAUUUCAAAAAGCACCAGAAAAGAAAGUGGCAUGGAAGUGUAAGAAUCCAUUGAUUUGGCUCCAGCACAGAAAAUAGAAUUUUAGAAUUCUGGAUCUGCAUAAGGAAUGGCAUCAGAGCAUUAGCUUGGAAUGGCUUGAAAUCUCAGAGGAUCUGCAAGAUGAACUGUAAGCUCCCCCUU